AUGGCGGCGGGAACCAGCUUGUUGCGCGGCGUCGCGUCUCGCCUUGGCGGGGCUGUGGUGGGUGUCCCUCGUCGUCUCCUUCCCCGCUCUGCCGCCGUCUCCAGGUCGAGGUCCCAGUCCCAGGCCACUAGUCUCGAGGAUGACCACUGCAGUGCCUUCCUACAUUGGCUGCAGACGAAGGCAGGGACUCGCAUUUCAUCGGUACUAGCUGUUGCAACCUCGUCCUUCGGAAGCUCGUUAGUUGCAUUGGAGCCCAUAAAAGAGGGGGACUGUAUAUUGGAAGUACCUUACAGUGUUCAACUUACUGAAGAUAAACUUCCCCAAGAAGUUUGUAUGCUACUUGACAACCUUGUUGGAGAUACAGCAAAGGUUGCUGUGCUCCUCAUGAUGGAGCAACACUUGGGACAUGAAUCUGGAUGGGAGUCAUAUAUCAAGUCUCUUCCUUGCAAGGAUGAGAUGCAUAACAUGAUUUUCUGGGAUCUAAAUGAGCUUCAUAUGGUCCGAAAUAGCUCAGUUUAUAAUGAAGCCAUUGAACAAAGGGAACAUGCUAAGAAGGAGUUUUCAGCAGCGAAGCCAGUUCUUGAACGUUUCCCGCAUCUGUUUGGAGAAAUAAAACUGGAGAAUUUCAUGCAUGCUUCUGCAUUAGUAUCAUCUCGAGCUUGGCGUACUUCAAGAGGUGUAUCAUUGAUUCCAUUUGCAGAUUUUCUUAACCAUGACGGUCUUUCUAAUUCUAUAUUACUAUAUGACGAGCAGAAAGAUGUUUCUGAGGUCAUUGCUGACAGGAAUUAUGCUGUUGGUGAACAGGUUAUGAUAAGAUACGGGAAAUAUUCUAAUGCUGCACUAGCGCUUAACUUUGGAUUCACACUUUCCAGCAAUAUAUAUGACCAGGCACAUACUCGUGUAGACAUUCCAUACGAAGAUCCUUUUCAUUGGAAGAAGCUUGAUAUAUGGGAAAGGCAUCAUGAAUUAGAAGAGAUGUCCACAGAAGCUGCUAGAGAUGAUGGUCGACUUGCCAGACGCCCUUUGGGAAAUAAAGAGAGAGAAAUCCAUGCUCACCGCAUGUUGCUCUUGCACCUGGAUGAUGAGAUUCAGAGCUAUCUUACAGCUAUUGAGCACCUUGAAAUUGCUAAUGACCCUGAAUCUAGGAGUGUGCAUCCUUUUCGAAAGGACAUGGCUAAAGAUAUACUUGUUGGCGAGCUCCGUGUUUUGCAAAAAAAGAUUAAUGCCGCUAGAUUGGAUCUUGGACAAGGUGAAGGAAGAGGAAGAGACAGGAUGCUGCAGCGGGCAGCGAGUAAUGCAUAUUCAUGGUGGUGGGCAAGCCACAUCCGCACCAAACAGUCAAAAUGGCUCGACAACCACCUCCAAGAUAUGGAACACAGGGUCAAGUGCAUGCUCUUGCUCCUUGGGGAGGAGGCCGAUUCCUUUUCAAAGAGGGCAGAGAUGUACUACAAGAGGCGACCUGAGGUGAUCACUCAGGUGGAAGAAGUAUAUCGAGCAUACAGGGCUCUGGCUGACCGGUAUGACAUCAUGUCAGGGGAGCUACACAAAGCAAAUCACACCAUUGCCACAGCCUUUCCUGACCAGGUCCAGUAUGCAAUGCUGGAAGAGGAGGAUGAUAACAUCCCAAAGGCGUUCACCCCAGUUGAUCCACGCAAAAUCCACAAGUCAACUGUUGAUGGAUUGAUGAAGAAAAAGAAAGGAGAGCAUCCUGGGUCAAUGGUUGGAGGAGCAAAGAAUAGUACCUCAGCUCCAAUCAAUAAGGAGAAUGCACGGGAAGAGAUCAGCAGGCUACAGAAAGCUAUAUUGGCCAUGCAGACUGAGAAAGAAUUUAUCAAAAGCUCCUAUGAGAGUGGCAUUGCAAAGUACUGGGAUCUUGAGAAGGAAAUCAAUGACACGCAGGAACAAGUUUGUCACUUUCAAGAUAAGUUUGAUGAAAGCGCGGUGAUUGAAGAUGAUGAAGCCAGAGCCUUGAUGACAGCAACUGCCCUCAAGUCCUGUGAAGACACUAUUGUCAAACUGCAAGAACAGCGGAAGGCAUCUGCGGGGCAAGCAGUGGGAGAAUCGGAAAGAGUCAAGGUUUUCAGAGAGAAGCUCCAGGCUAUAAUGAACAAACAUGGCAAAUCUCUACCGGAUUCUCUGGAUUUUUCCGAGAAAAACACUCGAAAGAACCAUGGCGCGGAAAUGGAGAAUGUGUGCCAUGUCAAACAAGGUGCAAUAGACAUGGAGUCUAUAAUUGACAAGAUCAAGGAACACUUUGAGAGGGACUGCAACAUCUCCAUGGCAGAAGUUACAGAGAGGAUUGAUGAAAUUGUCAACAAAGUUGUUGACUUGGACCUCAUGGUUUCAUCACAAACCUCCCAGAUUGAGCGACUUUGUCAGGAAAACAAUGAGCUGGAGAAUUCCCUGCAAAACCUGGAGGACGAGAAUACUGAGCUGGCCAGUGGAUCAAGUGAAUUGAUCGAGAAGUUUAGGCAAGCAGAAGAGGAGCUUGUCAGAGCUCAGGCUCUCGAAAGCUCCUUCCACAAAGAUGAAAGCACAAUCCGUUCCAAUUUCAUAGAAGCAAUAAGCAGAUUCCAUGAUUUAUCAGAGUUGUUGCUAUCACCGGUUUGCGAGGACCACACUGAUUCUGCAUCUGCUGCACACACGUCCCAUGAAGGACCACGAGUUGAGUCUAUAGAGCCAUCAUCAAAUGAGUGCUGUGACAUGGAGAAGGUGGGGCUUCAAAUUGCUGAACCCCACGCAGGCAAUGCUAGGCCAGCGUCUGGUGUUGGCAAGCUGGAUGAUCCUAAUGAUGCACUUGUGGCAGCCAACGAUGAAUCAUCAGGUAGCACUAAAUGCAGUGAACAACAAUUAGACGUUGGCCAGGACAAAAUUUCACGUGAGAGGGGUUCAUUGGUACGGCUUCGUCACAUUUCUUCAGAUAACCUUGGAGGUUGCGAUGAACAGGAAGAGAUGAACAAGGAAGGUUUAUCGUCUUCUGUUGAUGCCGUUACUGACAUGAUGAAGCUGAAGGAGAUGCUCACAGAUAGUCUAGACGAUAAGGAGAAGGUCCUCUUAGGUGAGUACACCUCACUCCUUGAGGACUACAAGGACGCAAAGAGGAAGCUUGCAGAAAUGGAGAAAAAGAACCAGGAUUGCCUGAAUGAAAUCCUGAAACUCCGUGAAGAAAUCACAAGCUCUGCAGGGGAUGGAGGCAGUGAGGGUUCAUGCAAGAGGAGCUCUAGUAGCUUCUCUCGCCGGGGUCACAGGAGGACCCCAAGCUAUUCGUCUAUCCAUCAGAGGAGACCAAGCGUUUCGUCCAUUUCAAGGUUGAUAAGGAUGGGCUCGGCCAUUCAAGAAGGUGGUGAACCAGCAGGGAGCGGCAAGCCAAGUGAUGCCGCUGCUGAGCAAGGGGGCAUUAGCCUGGAGGACCUGAGGCUGCCGCCUAUCGCCGAGGCAGAGAAUGCCUCGCCUCUUGAAGAGAAGUUCAGAAGGGACAUUGACACGCUCUUGGAUGAGAACCUCGAGUUCUGGAUGAAAUUCAGCUCGUCGUUGCAGCGGGUGCAGGAGUUCCAGAACAAGUACGACGGCCUGCAGAGGAAGCUGCAGCAUAUAAACAACGAAGACGGCAAGCAGGACGGGGCGACGGAGAAGCAGCUGAGGGCCUUCAAGACGGAGCUGCAGGUGUGGUCGGAGCAGAACGCGAUGCUGCGAGGGGAGCUGCAGUGCAGGUUCACGUCGCUGUGCGACAUACAGGAGGAGAUCACGGCUGCGCUGGACACGGAGGCAGAGGCGGCGGCAGAUGAGGCUCAGUUCACGUCGUACCAGGCCGCCAAGUUCCAGGGGGAGGUCCUCAACAUGCAACAGGAGAACAACAGGGUGUCAGACGAGCUCCAGGCGGGACUGGACCACAUCAAGGGUCUCCAGGCGGAGGUGGAGCAGGCGCUGGCCAAGCUGCACAGGAGCGUCAGCCUGCCGCCCCAGCCAGCAGGGGCAGGGGCCGGAGCCGAGGACGACGACUCCAGCUCGCCUGCCCAUGGUGGCAGCAACCUUGGGCACGUGCCGUCCAACAAGUCUAAGGCGGUGCCAUUGCAGUCGUUCCUCUUCCCGGCCAAGCCCAAGAAGACGUCUCUGCUGGCCCGUGUCACGCCGGUGCUCCCGAAGCAGCCGGUGGAUAUGAAGUUUCUUGCCAAGUUGCCAAGGUAG